AUGCUCCGGAUCCGGCCGUGGCGGGGCGUCCUACAGCCGCGGUCCGGGGGGACGGCUUUGACAGCCUCUGGUGGGCGACGGGAGCCAGGCCCGCCCGCGCCCCCACAGCUCCUCCCGCAGGACCACAGUCCGGUCGGCUGCUCCCGGCCCCCUGCGACAGCCCCGCUCCCCGAGGAGAGCGGCUCCCGCUCGGAAGCCCCCGCGAGCGGGAGGGCCCGUGACAAGCGGCCGGAAGUGACGUACGCGCGAGCCCCGCGGUUCCGCUCCCGUCGCCCUGGAAACCGAGCCCCGCCUACUGUCGCUAGCGCGUCGGCCGCUGCCGGGUCCUGGCGCGGGUCGGCGCGCCGCGGGCGGAAGGGGACCCGAGGCCUUCCGUGGGGGCACGCGGUUAUUCCGCCCGGAGUACGCGGGCCCCGGCGCCCGGGGGGAGCCUCGGACAGCCCGCCCGCCGGGAGCCGCGGCUCUGCCCCAGGGCCUGAGCUCUCCGUGCGCUACCCCCGCUCAGGGCCCCGCGCUCUCCUGUCGGAACACCGGCUCCUCGUCCGCGGAGAGCCGGUCCGCGGGAACCCCUGCUGGGGCACUGCCGUCGCGGAGAACCCGCACGGGCGGUGGAAGGACUCCCGUCGUCCUCGCCAGCGACCUCCAUUUUUCCCAGAUCUGUGCUGUCUUCUCCGGAGGGACGGAGAGGUGCAUGCAACAGCCUCUCGCCGUGCUCUGCCUCCAGUGCUGCCCCGCUACAGUCCGCUCUCGCGCAGCACCUCCAGCACUCCCGCUCACCUCGCCUCAGCCGCACUGCGUGCCACACCCGCCCCCAAGCAAGGGCGCUGUUACGCAGGGCUGGAACGCCGCCCCCGAGAGCCAAACCCGAGCCGAGCUGAGGACGCCCACCCACUGGGCCACCGCGGGCUCCCGGCGCACCCGGAUCUUACUCACUACCUCCAGCCCUCCGACGGUCCGGGGCUGCGCACGGCCGGCGACCGGAGGGAUCCCGGGCAGCCCUCCCCCGUGCCCUCUUCCGACCGCUUCCCUUAG